AUGAAAAGUAUCCAAAUCUAUGGAGAAGGAAAUUGGCGAACUCUUCCCUUGAAAGCAGGGUUACUGCGUUGUGGAAAGGCGUGCAGGCGGCGUUGGAUGAAUUAUCUUCGUCCUGACAUUAAGCGUGGCCAUAUUUCAGCAGAUGAAGAGGACUUGAUCUUAAGACUUCACACGUUGGUUGGCAAUAGGUGGUCGUUGAUAGCAGGCCGCAUUCCUGGUAGAACGGACAAUUAG